UGAUUAAUGAUUGGUGGCUGAAAAGCUCUGCGCACCCUAACUUGCUGUGGGAUUGACUGACAGAUUCCUUGGCCAAUCACGACGUGACCUUUUUCCAUUUUAUGCUCUGUCUAAUGUCGUUAUCCUAUCAGCAUCUGCCUUUCUCCUCGAGCUCAUAAUGGAAGGGAGACUGCUAAGCCAAUCAGAUUUCUGGAGCGGUACAACGGGGCAGACGCCUGAGCCAAUAGUAGCUAAGAUACGGAGCUUAUUCAAGCACGGCUGAGAGACAAACGAGACGAGAAGGAAAGUUUUAUACGAGAGAUCUUGCUUCAACUUCCACUGUUCCGGAUGACUGCCAUUUCCUAAUUACAUUCUGAACAGAAGAUAUUGACAUCUGAAAACGUUUUGCUAUCUUCUUAUAGCCGUCUCCAGCUUUAUUGUUACAGCAGAAGUUGAAGGAUCAUGUCCCAAACAGCAAAACAUCUAACUGGAGUAUUGCAUCCUGUGACCAAAACGCAUAGUGGGAAUUUUAUAGUAGCUGUCAAACAGGAGAAGGUUGAUGUGCCCAGACCAAGUGGAGAAAAGGGCACAGUAGCUGAGGAAGAGCCAGUGAAGAAGAGAGGAUGGCCCAAAGGGAAGAAAAGGAAAAAAAUCUUGCCUAAUGGGCCAAAAGCACCGGUUACUGGUUAUGUGAGGUUUCUGAAUGAACGCAGAGAACAGAUUCGAACACAACAUCCUGAUUUACCUUUCCCAGAGAUAACUAAGAUGCUAGGAGCAGAGUGGAGUACACUGCCAACGCAAGAAAAACAGAGAUAUCUUGAUGAUGCAGAAAGAGAAAAGCAACAGUACAUAAAGGAACUUAGGGAGUAUCAACAGUCUGAAGCUUAUAAAAUGUGUGCAGAAAAGAUUCAGGAAAAGAAGAUUAAAAAAGAAGAGAGCAGUACCUUGUCUACAGCCGCUGUAUUGAAUGGACACCCACAAAAAGCUGGAGAUUCUCAGAGUGACCUUUUUUCUGCUUUUGAUGUACCGAUUUUUACAGAAGAAUUCUUGGACCAAAACAAAGUCCGUGAGGCAGAACUGAGGAGAUUGCGCAAAAUGAACAUGGAAUUUGAGGAGCAGAAUGCCAUCUUACAGCGACACACUGAGAGUAUGAAUAGUGCCAAAGAGAGGCUGGAACAAGAGCUGGCACAGGAGGAAAGGCAAAUGAUGAUCCUCCAACAACAACUACAAACAAUUCGACAGAUUUUGCUCACAAGUUUCUCAUCCCUCCCAAUUCCAGGAACAGGAGAAACUCCAACAGUGGGUAAUCUAGACCUUUACAUGGCUAAACUCCACAAUGUUAUAGAGGGUAACCCAGUUCAGCAUGAGAAAUUGGUCAUCCGGAUAAAAGAGAUUUUAUCCAGAAUAAAUAGCGAUCAUCUGUAAGAUAUGGUUAUAUAUGGAAAACCCAAGACUAACUGGUUUGAAGUUGAAGAAUAAUAUGUGGCUGUCCAUGAAGAUAAUAGAACAUUUGUAAUUUUUUAAAAUCUAAUGUGUUGCAAAUCUGGGCAUGUAAGAAUACUGUGGUUUUAGGAAAAUAAAAUAUCAAAUAGUUAAUAUCC